CAAAAGAACGGACUUCCCGUUGUAUCUCGCGAUCGAGGCCUUGGAAAAGUCACAGAGCAUCUAUAAAUUCGGUCAUUUCGACGGGUUUGGCGAACAGCUUUUCUGUGCAGCGAGCAACAUCACGCAACAAUGAGCGAGACCGCAAUUUCAUUCGCCAAGGACUUUUUGGCCGGUGGAAUCGCCGCUGCGAUCUCCAAGACUGCUGUUGCGCCCAUCGAAAGAGUCAAGCUGCUCCUUCAGGUCCAGCAUGCCAGCAAGCAAAUCACAGCAGACAAACAAUACAAAGGUAUUAUUGACUGUGUAGUGCGUAUUCCCAAGGAGCAGGGCUUCCUGUCCUUCUGGAGAGGCAACUUGGCCAACGUCAUUAGGUACUUCCCAACACAAGCUCUCAACUUCGCCUUCAAGGAUAAGUAUAAGAAGAUUUUCCUGGAUGGCGUUGACAAGCGCACCCAGUUUUGGAGGUACUUCGCUGGUAACCUCGCCUCCGGUGGUGCCGCCGGAGCCACGUCUCUGUGCUUCGUUUACCCCCUUGACUUUGCCAGAACCCGUCUGGCGGCUGAUGUGGGAAAAGCCGGUGCGGAGAGAGAAUUCACAGGCCUUGGAAACUGUUUAGUAAAGAUCUUCAGGUCUGAUGGUCUGAGGGGCUUGUAUCAGGGCUUCAACGUGUCUGUGCAAGGCAUCAUCAUCUACAGGGCGGCGUACUUUGGCAUCUACGACACCGCAAAAGGCAUGCUGCCCGACCCAAAGAACACUCAUAUUGUGGUCAGCUGGAUGAUUGCUCAGACAGUCACUGCCGUCGCUGGUCUUGCAUCGUAUCCCUUUGACACUGUACGUCGUCGUAUGAUGAUGCAGUCUGGGCGUAAAGGAGCUGACAUAAUGUACAGCGGCACCAUUGACUGCUGGAGGAAGAUUGCACGUGAUGAGGGUGGCAAGGCCUUCUUCAAGGGUGCCUGGUCCAACGUGCUCAGAGGCAUGGGUGGAGCCUUCGUCCUGGUUCUGUACGACGAGCUCAAGAAGGUCAUUUAAACACCACAGAAUUCACUAUUUGAAGGAAAAAAAGUUCACACCUGUCUGUUAUGUGAAUGGACUCCUGCUUUACUCACGAGGCCUGACUAGUGUUGUACUACUAGUUAUAUGAAAGAUAUAUGUGAAUGUAUCUUGUUUUUUGUUUUUUUUUAAUGUUUCCACUCUUCCCUGACUUACCACUGGUCACUGUUGUCAUUCAGUUUUCAUAGCGGUUUUCCUGUUAGUCUGUUUUUAAUUGAGACUUGAAUAAAGUCAACCCAUUGAACCUUUA